AUGUUUGCUAAAAUGUUUGGUCCAGCAUAUAUAAAAACUUAUACACUUAACAUGAUUAUUAAUGCUUAUAAAGCUACAGGAAUUUGGUCUUUUAAUCCUAACACUAUUAAUCCAGAUUCUUCUUUAAAGAAUGAAAAUAAAAUAUUAAAAGAGGAACUUGAAACAUUUAAAAAUCCCAGAAUCUAUACAAGCAUUAAAAGAAAUGAACAAGUUAGCAAAGAACAAAAUGAAAAGCACAAAAUGAAGAAAAGAAGCAGCAGCCCAAAAAUGAGCUGA